AUCUAAUGUCAUAUUGUACAACAUCAUAUUAGAAAUGAAUGCAUUUGAUUUUGUCAUUUCUCUUCACACUGUUCAUGUCUGUUGAUUUCCACAGUCACAUUCACCAACAUGAAUCCCAAGACCAGGAACGACUUCCUACAGUAUUCCCAUCGGAUCACUCUGGAUCUGAACACAGUGAAUGAACGUCUCAGUCUGUCUGAGAGGAACACAGUGAUUACUGUCACUCACACACCACAGUCGUAUCCUGAUCAUCCGGACAGAUUUGAUUAUGUGUCUCAGGUGUUGUGUAGAGAGAGUGUGAGUGAUCGACGCUGUUACUGGGAGAUUGAGUGGAGUGGAUAUGUGGAUAUAUCAGUGUGCAUUUGGAUAUAAUGAUCAGUCCUGGAGUUUGAACUGCUCUCCCUCCAGUUACUCAUUCACACACAAUAAGAUAGAGACUGAUCUCCCUGUAAAGCCCAUCAUCAGGAGAACAGUGAAUGAGAAGAAUUACUAUAGAUUAGGAGUGUAUGUGGAUCACAGUGCAGGAACUCUGUCCUUCUACAGCAUCUCUAGAAACACAAUGAGCCUCAUCCACACAGUCCAGACCACAUUCACUCAACCACUCUAUCCUGGGAUUAGGAUUUGUUAUGGAUCAGUGAAAC